AUGGCUGCUGCUGAUGGGAUGAGCGCAAUAGCAGAGUUCAACUUCUCCGAUUCAUCAGUCGUAAAGCUCGAAAUCAGCCAAGAUGAAGGGGAGGCGACAACCAAGAAGACUUUUCCCAUUCACGAACAACUACUGCGAGACGCAUCGCCAGUCUUAGCAGCGGCACUCGAUGGUCACUUUCAGGAGUCAAAAACCAAAGUCUAUGUACUUGCUGACACGGACGAGACCACUGCGAAUCGUCUCGUGCAAUGGUUGUACUGCCGGAAGUUCUCAGCGUGGAGGGUUGAGCAGGGUUCUGCGCAAGAUUACUAUUCGGAGGCCUUUAACUUAUACAUUUGUGCGAGUAAGUACAUGAUUGAGAACUUGCUCGUCAUGAUCGAGCAUGCACUGGCGCAAACGAUCAUGGAUUUCUCGACAGCAACCUUGACUCCCGACGACAAGGGUCAAGAUCUGCCUUCACUUGAGAUCAUCAAACGUGUUUACACUGAUACUGACUCAUCUUCGCACAUCCGUGAGCUACUGGCCACCUCCUAUUCUGCACAUGUAAAUCCUGAGUGGUACGAGAAGGAGUCAAACGUCGCUCAACUGGCCGAGAUGCCUGACUUUACCCUGGAUAUCGCGCGGGCAUUCGCAACGCAAAAGAAGAAUUCUACCAGAGUCUGCGAACUGCACAAAGCUUUGAAUCUUGUUGAGUGUAAUCAUAGAAAGCGACCGGCGGAGGCACAGCCUUGGGGUGCACCCAGCAAACGCCCCCUUCACAACUGGAACGGUUAG